UUUAGGUUUAUAUUUAAGGAUGUGGGGGCCGGACUCCCAUGUCUGUAGGUAACAUAUAUGCACCCAAAGUAGCAUCCCAAUUCCCAGGCAACAAAGGUACUACUACCAAUUAUUUGUUUACAUGUAAUCUCACUUCAUAUCUCUUCCUCUGUUCUCACUCGAAACAGACAGUUAUGGAUCAUCAGCUUAGAUGGUCUCCUGCCUACUCUAUAAAGAGGUUCGGGUUGGUGGAGGAGAGCGAUGGUGCUUUUCCAACGGACUCCGGUCACGUUAUUAAUUACAUUAACCAGAUGCUACUAGGGGAGGAUGUUGACGAGAAUAAUGUUUCCUUGUUCUGUGAUCCUACUUCGCUAAGAGCUGCUGAGAAUUACUUCCAUGAAGCCUUGGGUGAGAACCCUUCCUUUGACAGCAAUGUCGGACGCCCAGAAGACAUUUUAGCUGUGACCUCCUCUUCUAAUGUCGAAUCAUCUGUCACAGACGAUUCUGUAUAUAGCUUUGGCAGUGCUAAUUCGGUUCCAAGCAUAUUUUUUGAUGAUGAAAUUGCGUCCAUUUUGAAAUCGCCAAGAGGUGUGGAGGAAGCUAGAAGAUUCAUUCCUGCCAUCAACCCGAUGGUCAUCAAUUUCGACGAUCAAUACUCAUCGCAUCCAGAGACCGAGGAUUUGACCAGUGGUAGUACCAUGAGUAGAGUAGGGAAGCAUUACCGUCCAGGUGAAAGCGGGCUAGAUAAAGAAGUAGAAGAGGAUGAAAGGAGGAGGAAGCAGAGUGCAGCGUAUAAGGAGGAGGUAGAGCUAUCAGAGGUGUUUGACAAGGUUUUGCUGCUUUGUGCUGAUGAGAAUGACGAUUCUCCAUAUGGAACUAGGAAACAACAACAGAAAGGGCGAAAAGGUGGCAAAAGGCAUUCAAAUAAAAAAGGCUGUGAAGUUAUUAAUGUUGAUCUCCAAGUUCUUUUGAUCAACUGCGCGAAAUCUAUUGCUGCUGCAGAUUAUGGGGCAGCAGUAGAACAAUUAAAGAAGAUCAGGCAAUAUUCUUCGCCUGUCGGUAACGAAAAUCAAAGGGUGGCACAUACAUUUGCUAAUGCUCUUGAGGCACGGCUGGCUGGAACCACGGCCCAAGUUUAUCCUUCUUCAUCGUAUCGCAACACGAUCGUCGUCUCCGAAUUGCUAAAAUCCCACUUGUCAUCAUCUAUGCCAUUUUUGAGGAUAUAUAUCUUCUUUGCCAAUGAAAUGAUUUACGAAGCAGCAUCAAAAGGCACGUCACUCCACGUCAUCGAUUUCGGCAUCCUUCAUGGUAUCCAGUGGCCCACUCUUAUUCGGGAUCUUUCGCGUAGACCCGGUGGCCCUCCAAAACUUCGAAUCACAGGGAUUGAGCUUCCCCAACCUGGUUUUCGUCCAUCACAGAUGGUAGUAGAGACUGGCUGCCGCUUGGCUAAAUACUGUGAGCGUUUCGGUGUACCAUUCGAAUACAAUGCCCUCACAGCAAAGAAUUGGGAGGCAAUUAAGGUUGAUGACUUGAAACUCGUGAUGGGUGAGGUGGUUGCUGUAAACUGUAUCGAUCGACUCAAACGACUACUAGACGAGACAGUAUGUGGUCCGGACUGCCCCCGGGAUGCGGUUUUGAACUUAAUCCGGGAAGUAAAUCCUCAUAUUUUUGUACAUGCUUCGCUUAGUGCAUCUCACAACUCUCCUUUCUUUGUCAAUCGGUUCAAAUCAGCUCUCAUAUACUACUCUGCUCUCUUUGAUAUCUUUGAAGCCGUUUUCCCACGCCACGAUAGUAAAAGGAUGCAUUUUGAGCAAGAGUUUUUUGGGCUCGAAAUAGCAAAUAUUGUUGCAUGUGAGGGCAUGGAAAGGUUAGAGAGGCCUGAAACAUACAAGCAGUGGCAAUCCCGCACUUUGAGAGCUGGGUUCAAGCCUGUGCCCGUGAACCCUGAAAUCGUGAAGAAGUUAAGAGAAAAGAUGAGUGAAGCAUAUCACAAAGACUUCAUGCUUGCUGAAGAUGGCCACUGGAUACUGCAGGGAUGGAAAGGUCGGAUACUUUCUGGCAGCGCUGCAUGGGUAACUCACAAGCGCUAAUUUGUUGAUUUUUUCAUAGAUUGUGAGAUCGUCUUUGUGAUAUUUCAUAGUGUAAUAUAUUGAAUUUUAAAUUUGUUUAUAAGAUAUUACGUAAUAUGUAAUCCCUAAUAAUUUCUACUUCAACAUGAAUAGUGUUUUUAACAUUGGUUAUUUAGUAAAGUUGUAUGAAAAGAAUAUGUAUGUCUUUUUGUGCGUAAAU